GGGACAACAAAGUUGCAAGAAAAGAUCCCAAACCAUCGAUCUGUUACAUUCCACAAGACUCAUCUGGAUAUAUUGUGGGAAUAUGCCUCAAGAACGAGAUCCUUUCCCAAUCCCGCGAUAUGAGAACGAUUAUACACUCAGAAGGAGUGAGGAAGCUCAGAAACUACCAUACGACAAGCCGACCCAUCUCGCACAAAAUGACGAACCCUGGGGGAGACUCCACAACACGACAACACAGGCCAGCUCGCGUCGACAAGUCUGUCAUUACGAUACUACAGUACCAAAGGACAGUCUGGACAUUCAUCUAAAAUCGACAUACGAUCAUCAUCUAGGAUUAUUUCAGGACAAAAAUAAAACUGUGACGCAGAAGGAAACUAUUGCAUUGGAAAAUGGGACACUGAAAAAUAAAGAAUCAGAAGAUUCGGUGAGUGAAACUGAAAACAAAGGCAUGAGAGUGUGGCUCGACACCCAGAAGGCGUCUAUAUACAGUAUUAAAGGGUCCAUAGAGUCUCAUCAUACAGCCUCUACAAACCGAGGUUACUCUCGUAAGCAUGAUGGCGGCUUUUACUCAACGUGACGCAGUGCAAAUGGGAUAUAAAGUGAAGAUGAGAACCCAUAUUCCGUCAGUUGAUAAACAAUGGGUAUCGGCAACACCAUGUACAAGGACUUGAAAAAAGGAAAAUAAAAGAAACGUAGAUAUGCCCGUGUGGACUCUUUAAAAGAAUACAACACGUUUGUCGUGAUGCUCACUGACUUCAAGGAGACACUCACUGUUAGAAGUUAUGGUUAGAUCAGGAUCGCCGUUAUACUCAGUGAACAAGCAGGGUUUACUGGACCGAGAUCCAGCACACUGUCUGUUCUAGUAUAUCUGAUCGACUCAUCAUUUCUUACCACAGUUUCAACUGUGGGUGCCCCGAGUUUAGUGAGAAAGCCUCACGAUCAUCGCUACAGAAGCUCACGAGUCGGUUAUUAUCAUCUCUGUAUCCGAACAGGGCAACAACUCGGACCAGAUCAAAUAA